GUGCACAUUCCACCAAAGAGACCUGCUGAUUUCUACCUACAUGUAAACAAUACUAGUUCACUAUCUUUCUCUCUGCUUUUCAGCAGCACUUACAGCAGCACUGUAGAGAUGGACUCAACAUUAAGAUAAAUAUAUAAAUUUUACAGAAAAACAGAAAAAUCUCACUGAAGAAUUAUUUAACAAUACAGAAACUUUUACUGUGAACACAGAAAUAAUCUUCAAUUUCAUUUUUAUCAUUUCUACAACUGGUAUUCUUGGUACCAAAGUCGUUUAACAGUGAUCCUAAACUUGAGGUUUAUUGCUUUAAAAUGAUACAAUAAUGCCGGUAUCAUAAUAUACAAGGAAAACUCAUAACAGUGUCAAUGUUAUAUAAAAGUCCCUGCAAGAAGAAAGAUGGUUGUGAUUGCAGCAAUGUUACAUAACAAACUCCAGAACAAUGAAUGAAGAUACUUUGAUACUAAUGAUAUGUGACAGACAGCAGAGAAACAACACAGGACAUGUUAGCACCAAUGUUAUAUAACAGUCUGCAAAAUAAGAAGAGUGGAUAUGUUGGCACCAAUACUAUUAAUCCUUUCCAUUACUUCUUAUACCUUUUGUAUCGAUUUAAUUUACCACGUUGAAGAAGAACAGAAUUCUGGCACCUAUGUAGGUAACAUUGUUGCUGACAGCAAAAUAUUUGAUUCCUUGCCUUCGACUGACCAUAGUUUAAUAUGGUUCAGUUUAAUAAAACAAAGAUUAACUGACGACACUCAGUUAUUUAAUGUUAGUAAAACUGGGAAACUUUACACCACUCAAUUACUAGAUGCUGAAUCACUUUGUUCUUAUGGUAAACAAUGUUUCAAGGUUGUGAAAGUUGCUGUUCGACAAGCAAAGAUGUUUAUGAAAAUAUUAAAACUGAAAAUAGUAAUUGAAGAUAUAAAUGACCACUCACCAGAGUUUAGUGACAAGCAAAUAAAUCUUCAGUUUUCUGAAGGUGACUGGAAAGGAAUGAAAAAAUCUAUCCCGAAUGCUAUUGAUAAUGAUAUUACCGUUCGCAAUUCAGAAAUAACAUAUGAGCUUCAAGAAAACCAAAACAAACCAUUUGCACUGUCAGUAUCAAAAAGUCUUGAUGGAAAUUCAGAAUUGGGAAUAUAUUUGAAAGAAAAACUAGACAGAGAAAAACAGGAAAUGUAUGUGAUUAAAAUCAUUGCAAAAGAUGAAGGUACGCCUUCAAAGCAAGGAAUUUUACUGGUUCAUAUAUCUGUAACCGAUGUUAAUGAUAAUGCUCCUGUUUUCUCUCAAGUUGUUUAUAAUAUUUCUAUUCAGAACAAUGAAAGUUUGCGGUCUCCAAUUGCUGUUUUGUCUGCCAGUGAUUUAGAUUCUAAUGAAAAUGGUAAAGUUUCCUACUAUUUCAGUUCAAAAACAUCAGAAUCAGCUAAUAGACAUUUUAUGUUAAAUGAAGAGACGGGAGAAAUAUUUUUGAAAGAAACUUUUGCAUCUCUUGAAAAGCAAGUCAAUGAAUUAUUUGUGAGAGCAAGUGAUAGAGGAAAGCCUCCAUUAAGUUCGGCUGCUUUGGUUCUUAUAAAUGUCAUUAACCAACAAAAUAAUUACCCAACUAUCAAUGUAAAUUUUCUGACUCCCCUCAGUGAAAGCUCAGCAGCUAUUUCAGAAGAUACUGAAGUUGGUAGUUUCAUUGCAUAUGUUAUGCUGAUUGAUAAUGAUGCUGGAUCAAAUGGGGAAGUAUCAUGUGAACUUCAACACAAUAAAUUCCAGCUUCUAAUGUUGGGCUCAAAAGAAUACAAAAUUAUUUUGAAAAAUUCAGUUGACCGUGAGACAAAAGAUCAUUAUACUAUUACGAUAGUAUGUCAAGACGAGGGAACUCCCCCAUUAGAAAUUGUACAGAAAUACUCCAUUGAAGUAAUGGAUGUGAAUGAUGUGCAGCCAAAGUUUACAAAGAAUAUAUUUAAGUUUUUAAUUUAUGAGAAUGAAAAACCUUAUUUCCCUGUAGGUUUCAUCAAUGCCACAGAUUCUGAUCUUGGGCUUGGAGGCCAGCUGACAUUUUCUUUGUUAGCUAAUAAUAAAUAUAGACUUCCAUUCCAGAUAACAAGCUACGGAUUUGUAUCCACAAACCAGUCUGUUGAUCAUGAAUUACAGAAUGUUUAUAAUUUCCAAGUCAAGGUGAAAGAUAAUGGAAUACCUAACCUUGAAAGUAUUGGUGAAGUUAUUGUUGAGGUUAUUGAUCAAAACGACAAUGCUCCCUAUUUUACAUUUCCUAGUGUUAACCCUUUCAAUCUAGACGUCCACUACCAUCCGCAGAGCAAAAGUGACAUCACAACCCUAAGAGCUUCUGACAGAGACAGUCAUGUUAAUGCUUUCCUCAAGUAUGAAAUACUUGGAGGCAAUGAGAAACAGUUAUUUGCAGUUAAUCCUUAUACAGGAGUUUUAUCUUUUUCACGUACAGUUUACCAAAACGACGCUGGGUCAUAUGAUAUAAAAGUAGCUGUCAAAGACAGUGGUACACCAGUUUUAUCAGCAACGACUAGAUUGUCUUUAACUCUGACUGUUAGCAAUACAACAUCUGUCUUGUUUACUGGUUCACAUUCCAAAUCUGGAAGUAUGCUAGAUAUAAACAUUGUGAUAAUUAUUGUUGUUAUUGCUGUUGUUGUGUCGAUAUCUAUAGUAGUAUUUAUUACAAUAUGUAUAGUUCGGCACAAUAAUCAACGGAAUCUAACAAACAGCCCCUCAUUGAAUGCAUCAAUCCAGCCUUGGAGGGAAAUGAGACAUUUGAUAUCACAAACAAACAACCUCGUCAUUAUAACAAAGAACCCUGAUGACAUCAAACAUAAAAACAUGCAGCUUGUAGAUUUGGAAAGUCAACUUGUCCCGGAAGCUGAAUUCAACAAACAAUGGAAGUCUUCAAAUCUCAGCAGAAAUCUUCCUUCAGCAAGUCAGAUGAACGUUCAGAAAGCUGCUGGUAAUUCUGCUAGCUCUGAUAUUGACCGAGACAUUCUUGCCAGCGACUAUAAAUUUGAUUGUGGACCAGUUGUCAUGGAGAGUGUUCAUGGCUGGAAUGGACUGGACACAGGACAAUAUGAGGAAAUAUCAGAUAAUGGAUAUCAUAAGAUCAUUACAAAAACAGCUUUAUGGUGAAGAAAUGUUGCACCAAAUAUUUCACUGCUGAAGAAGACUAUGUCAAAAAUGCAGAACUUUUCUCCUGUUUGUAAUCACAUCAGUACUAAUAUUUGCCCAUUCAAUGACAAUCGUUUUUCUAAAGCAUAAGUUUAAGUUAGGGUUGUCUUGCAAAUAAUAGAGACAAAAUAUCGUAUUGGGUCAUUGAAAAUUAUUAAAUAACCUCACUAAUCAAAUAUAUCUGGAAUUUAAAGGAUUAUAAUAAUAACAAUAACUAAAUGCAUUAGUCCACAAUAGAACACAUAUCUCCAUAUAUUGAAGGCACCAGAAGGUCCCAAUCUUUGCUUCUCAGAUAAGUAUAACUUUUUCAUUACAGAAGUAAUAGGUGCAGGAGUGGCUGUGUGGUAAGUAGCUUGCUACCAACCACAUGGUUCCGGGUUCAGUCCCACUGUUUGGCACCUUGGGCAAGUGUCUUCAACUAUAUCCUCGGGCCAACCAAAGCCUUGUGAAUGAAUUUGGUAGAUGGAAACUGAAAGAAGCCCGUCAUAUAUAUAUGUAUAUAAAUGUGUGUGUGUGUGUGUGUACGUUUAUGUGUCUGUGUUUGUCCCCCACCACCAUCACUUGACAACCGAUGUUGGUGUGUUCACGUCCCCGUAACUUAGUGGUUCGGCAAAAGAGACCGAUAAAAUAGGUACUAGGCUUACAAAGAAUAAGUACUAAGGUCGAUUUGUUCGACUAAAGGCGGUGCUCCAGCAUGGCCAUAGUCAAAUGACUGAAACAAAUAAAAGAAUAAAAGAAAAAGUGACAUGAGCAUAUGACAUUGAUAAGGUGCAACUAUACAAUGUUAUACACAAAUAUCUGUCCCUUUCAUGAUCACUUCUGGGGCAAUUUCAUUUUGCCUAGCUCUGAAGUAUAUUGUGAUUUUCAACACAAUACUUCUUUAAAGGGAUUUUUCCCAGAUGGAAAACAAGUUUCUGGUGUUUAAACAACACAUACGUUUUGUGGUUCCCAUUAUAUUUUCAGUAUAAAACUGCUUCUGUUGCAUAAUUCAAAUAUGUAUAAAGCAUCUGUGCAUGCAUCUUUGUAGAUAUAUAUUUCUGUAUGCAUGUGUGUGUGUGUGUAAAUAUAAUUCAUCUAUCUACAAUACAAAUAUUUUGAAAUAUUUAAAAUCAUACUGUCAAAUGUAAUAUAUGAGAGGCGUAGAAAAAAUAAUUUGGCUGUUUAUUCUAUUUAGAAAUCAUAGCUAAACCUAACUUUCUGUUUUAUAGAUUGUGCAAAAGUUUUAUGCGAUUUCCUAUUGUAAUUUUUAUUGGUAUAGUUUGCCAUUUUAUUCAUUAUAUGCCCUGACUGAUUGCCUUGUUUGCAGCAACAUUUUAGUGAUUGCUCAUCUAAUAUAUAGGCACACAGUACCUUUGUCAGUUACUCUACUGUAUAGCAAUAUAAAUAUCUUCUGCAUGAACAAAUUUUCUAGUUUUGCCUAGACUUAUAAUGAUUGACUAAAGGUGUUACUUUUGUUGUUGCUGUUGUUAUUGCUGUUGUUGUUGUUAUUGUAUUUCAUUUGAUUAAUAUGUUGAGCUGUUA